UUAUUUUGUCCGGAAGUGCUUCGCUGCCUCGCGGCGUCGGUCUUGACGCCAUCUGAAGGCGUUCCGGUCUCCGUUUCCGCUCAAGUUUCUGUUUUCCGGUGAACUUUCUUGUUGUUUGACGUCACUCUGCGUUCCCGCCGCGUGGGCUCUCCUUCACUGUCGCAGCGUGGAGACAGAACGUCACCUGACCAGCAUGAGCGUCCAGCCCCGGAGGGUCCGGCUGAAGCCGUGGCUCCUGGCUCAGGUGAACAGCGGCAGGUAUCCGGGCCUGCAGUGGCUCAGUCCGGACCACCGGCUCUUCCAGAUCCCGUGGAAACACGCCACCCGCCACACGCCGGUGUCGGACGAGGAGAACACCAUCUUCAAGGCGUGGGCCGUAGAGACCGGGAAGUACCAGGAGGGCGUGGACGAGCCCGACCCGGCCAAAUGGAAGGCCAACCUGCGCUGUGCGCUGAACAAGAGCCGCGAGUUCCAGCUGAAGUACGACGGAACCAAGGAGACGCCGCUGCAGCCGUACAAGAUCUACGAGGUCUGCGAGCAUCCAGGUGUCACAGACGGGGCUGAGGAGGAGGAGGAGGAGAUGCCGAACCUGAUGGAGCUCAGCAUCAACCCCCCCAUCGGCGAGCCGGGCUUCUCUGACCCCCCCCUGCUCCUGGACCUCCCCAUGACCUCUGACCUCCAGCUUCAGGCUCAGAUGGUGGAACAGAGGAGUUUUGUUCAGCCUGGAGGACUUCCAAAUGGACUCCAGGACAUGAACCCGCUGACCUCCACCCAGCCAGAACCGGGCCAGAUGGAGGCCAGCCCCAUGGAGGCCGUGCAGAACCAGAGAGACUCUCAGAACCAGCAGACCUGCAAGUAUGACCUGCUGAGCAGCGUCCCACUAACAGACCUGGACCUGAAGUUCCAGUACCGAGGGAGAACGGUGGGAUCUGAAACCGUCAGCAACCCCCAGGGCUGCCGGCUGUACUAUGGACACCUGGAACCCACCCCGGAUCAGGUGGACCUGUUUGGGCCCGUCAGCCUGCAGCAGGUCCGGUUCCCUGGAACUUCUGAGAUCCAGAACCAGAAGCAGCGCUUCUACACAGAUGCUCUGCUGGACGUCAUGGAUCGAGGCCUGAUCCUGGAGAUCCUGAACCAGGACAUUUAUGCCAUCCGCCUGUGCCAGUGUAAGGUGUUCUGGUCUGGGCCCGGCCUGCCAGAGCCGGGACCACCCAACCCCAUAGAGAGGGAAAAGAGGAUCAAAGUCUUCAGUCUGAACGACUUCCUUCAAGGUCUGAUUCUGUACCAGAAGGGCGAAGCUCCAAACCCCCCACCCUUCGAGGUCUACUUCUGCUUUGGGGAGGACUGGCCGGACAAAAAGCCCAAAGAGAGGAAGCUAAUCAUCGUCCAGGUGGUUCCGGUGGUGGCCCGGAUCCUGACCGAGAUGUUCUCUGGAGAAAUGAGCUGGUCCACGGACAGCAUCCGGCUGCAGAUCUCCAACCCCGAUGUGAAGGACCAGACGGUGGAGCAGUUCAAAGAGCUGCAGAGACUCCUGCAGAGCCAGAACAUCCAGGGACCCUGGGCCCCCUAGAAGCCACGCCCCCAGUCCACCACAGAGCCCUGGACCCCCAUCCGCCCCUUUAGGCCACACCCCCAAUCCACCACAGGGCCCCCUAGAAGCCACGCCCAUAAUCCACCACAGGGCCCUGGACCCCCAUCCGCCCCUUUAGGCCACACCCCCAAUCCACCACAGGGCCCCCUAGAAGCCACGCCCCCAGUCCACCACAGGGCCCUGGACCCCCAUAGGCCCCUUUAGGCCACACCCCCAAUCCACCACAGGGCCCUAGACCCCCAUCGCCCCCUUUAGGCCACACCCCCAGUCCACCACAGGGCCCUGGGCCCCCUAGAAGCCGCGCCCCCAAUCCACCACAGGGCCCCCUAGAAGCCACGCCCAUAAUCCACCACAGGACCCUAGACUCCCAUCGCCCCCUUUAGGCCACGCCCCGUAGACCUCAGCUGGUGUUCCCACAAAUGUCUGACUUUGACCCGAGCUUCAGGUCCAGUUCUGGUUCAGGGCGUGUUCAUUUCUGUACUAAGUUGAGCCCAAAACAUUUACAAACCCACCCAGAACACUUAGGACCGCCCCCAAAGGAAAGAGAUGUCAUAGUGUGCUUUAAUAGACCCCCCCCACAACAAAAGAGGGGGGGGGGGUCUUUUUUAUGUUGUGAUGAAAAUAUGAAUAAAAUCUUUUGAUCUAAAAGUUUGUAGAAAAAUCGUUCAGAUUGGGGGGGAGGGGGGUUAGCCGCAUCACUUCCUGUGUCGUACCUGAACGCCCCUUCCAGUUGCCCCUCCCCCCUCCGGUAGAACAGGCCGCUCAGAAGUUUGUUGGAUUGUUUUUUAUUGUUGUUUACUGUUUACAACAAGGCUACAUCAACAAUGAUGUCACGGUGUCGGUCUGUCCGCCUCCUUCCCAGAGUUCACUCUGUCACUUUAUGAAAACAACUAAAAUAAACAAAGUUUAAAAGGUCAAAGGUGACGCCAAAUCCUCCAGAAUGAUCCUCACGCAGCCGCUCAGCCAAAAGCAUCAUGGGAAAACUUUUGGCUCAUUUAUGGCACGGGCAAAAAAAAA